UGUCGCAGCAUUAUAUGUGAAUUUUGUGUUUUUGUUUUAGGCGGCCAUAACAAAUAAAUAUGGCAUGGAUAUUAUAAUUUGCUAAAAUUUUAAUAGUCAUAUGGCGGCCUGCUGGGUAUGAGCAGAGGCUGGCUGGUUUUUCAGAUAUCAAAGUAUGGAUAACUUUUAUUUUGAAAUUACAAUGUAGUGUUCAAAAUGUUAAUAAACAGUGCUGCGGCCAACCCUCCAACCAAAAAAUGUGUUCCUGGUGUCGUGUGCAAUUAUUUUCUAUAUAUGUCAUAGUUAUUAAUGUACAUCAUACCUUGCCCAUGAAAAAUCAACACAUUGACUGCAUUUUUUGUGGGGUAAAAACACAGAAAUAUAUGUUUACCCCCCAAAACCAUAUAUUUUUAAAAAGUACAUAUUCUACCUAAUCUAAAAUGGGUACCUAUGCCUUUCUGCUCCUAACUACUGAGUCGCAAUGCUAUCCCAAAUUGGCAGUUUUGGGGAAAUACCUGAAAAUUGCCUCAAAGCUUUAACUUUCCAGCAUUGUAUCAUGCAUGUAUCAUUACCAGCAUAAAGCAUCCUAAAUUUGAAUGCCAGGGGUCUACUAAACAGUUUUAUGCCCAAUAUGCAUAUAUUUACCAUACUAUGUGGCAUACAGAGACCCCCAAAUCCAAAUAGAGCAUAUGAAUUUUAUAUUAAUACCCCACAAUCAGUGCUGGACCAAGCCAACUAGGCAACCCGACAGGGUUGCCUAGUUGCUCACGUGGCCUAGUUGCUCACGCGUUCCCCUUCUUGCUCACGUGGGUGUGCGCGAUCCCCUCCAUGUGCGCACCCCCCCAAUGCAGCGUUGAAUCUCAUUUGCCACUUAGCUGCCCAGUAUGUCAAGAUCCUGUUGCAAGGUGUAGGAAUAUGCUUAAAAUCAUUAUUCUCAUACUACACCUUUAAAUUCUUACAUUACAGAGUUAAUUGCUUGUAACUGUUUAGUGAUAUUACAGGAUCAAUAUUAUCUGUACAACUUGCAGAAACUGCAUACUGUUACUGAAAAAUGUGUACUUCAGCUGUUGCACUUUAGUUAUUUCUGUAACUUUGACAUCUUACCUCCCCCACCCUAUGUAACUUGUUUGCUUCUUCUAAAUGUAACACAUGCUCUAUUUGUGUGAUUCUGCAAACUGUGCUAAAUCUUUGUCUCUCUGUCCUUUUAUGCUCUUGAAGGGGGAGCUAUAGGGAGCAUGCAAAAGUAUAAGAGCUCAUUCUGUAUGUUAAUAAACAGACUAGCUUUGCAUCAUAUCUUGUGUGGUGUACUGCUUGUCUCCCGGAGAUCUCUGGAUCCUAAGUGAGGAGCUCCAAAGGCGUGGCAGGUGGAACGGCGGUCAAGGACCAAAAACUCUACAGUUUCUGGUGUCGGAAGCGGGAUGCUCAGUUUUCGGGAACCAACCCAUCGCUUUCAAACAGGGGAUCUGGUUCUCGUCCGACGACUACAUCCAAGGAAAGGUGAAACCCCAUACGGACAGCCUACAACGGUCCUGGCCAUCACGCGUACUGCUGUGCUGACUGCAGAAAGCCACCAAUGGAUCCACGCCAGUCGUCUAAAGAAGGCACCCCUUCGCCCAGCCCGAAGCGACGUCGACCUCCCUUGUUGGCCCUAUCCCGUCUUUGCCCCUGGCAAUGGAGGAAGAGUGUGCUUCGUUCUCGCUGGAUCUUUUAUCGGAAUGAGCAUAAUCCUUAUGCUUGUUACAGGCGUGUACAAGUUGAUCGAGAUGUACCAACCAGGGGCAGCUGGCCCUCGCCUCUUCCAACGAGACCUCCAUUCUCAUCUGAUUAACUCUGAUUCCUUUGCAGCAAACUCCCUUAUCCGGAUGCACCUGACUGCCGCAGCAACAUUGAACAUCUCUAAGUGUUGGAUUUGCACUCACUCUCCUACUUCUUCCAAGCAUCUUCCUUAUAUUGCCCAGCCAUUGUCUCUUGAGGACAUUGUUACUAUGCCCAAUGGAACCAUAACUUCAGACCGUUUCAAUAACACACGUACUCGUUUAGAGAUUGCAGGUUUUUCACAACCACCAAUAUUGUGCUACAAUAAGUCAUAUGAGAUAGAGGGAGAAAUCCCUAUUACCGUGUGUGGCACAGGGAGACAACGACACUGUGUUACCCAUAUGAUUGCUACCAACCCAGUUGGUCGCAUAGACUGUUCUAAAGCAUCCUUCAUUUACUCAGUUGACCUUCAACAGGCUCUUAGGCAUGACCAUCCAAAAGAUAGAGAGUCUUUUGUUGAUAAAGGAAAUAAUUCAUUAUUUAAUCAAAUGAUGAAACUUGAUUGUUCUGAUUGUUCGUUUUAACAUGCUUAAGGCUAUAACAUUGUAUAUCUCUCAUGAUUAUCCUUAUACUUUGCCUCCUACUUACUAUUAUGUGUGCGGAAGAUAUGCUUAUCCAUGGUUACCAGUGGCAGCAUCGGGAAUUUGUACUAUAGCUCGCUUAAUUCCUCCCACUUGGUACACCAAUUCUUCUUCCUUACCAAGCUCCCUGCCUUUUUCCCAGCCUCGCCAUAAGCGAGAUGUCAGUCCUGGGUCUGCCCAGUCCUUAUUUGAUAUUCCCUGGAUUAAUAGAUGUUGCUUAAAGAAAGCCUUUAGGUUCAUCAUUGAUUUGUCUAUUCUGCUUGAUAAUAUCACUAAUGAGUUUGAUGAAACCUUCCGUGAAGUGGCCUCCGAAGUUCAGUCUUUAAAAAAGGAGGUUAUGCAACACCGUUUAGUUCUAGAUUAUUUAACCGCCAGUCAAGGAGGUCUUUGUGUUGUUGUCUCCACUGCCUGCUGUAGUUAUAUUCAUGAUUCUUAUGAUGUUGAAAAGGCAGUAUCAGCCCAUCUUGAUAAAGUUACUGAAAUGAAAUCUAAUUUUUUGAAAGAUCACACUGAAACUAACCCUUUUGCAUGGCUUGACCCAUCUACUUGGUUCUCUGGCAUUAGUACUUGGUUAUCUAGUCUUAUCAAAGGUGUUUUCAUUUUUAUUAUGCUACUUAUUGUCAUUCUCAUCUCUGUAUGCUGUUCAGUUAAAUUAAUGUCUUGCCUCUAUCAUAAGUCCAUUUCUUCCUCCAAGAAUUAUACUCCCACACCACAAAAUCAAAAUUUUUCUCUUUUAGUUUUAUAGUUUAUCCCUAUUUGGGAUAAAAGGAGGGAUUGUAGGAAUAUGCUUAAAAUCAUUAUUCUUAUACUUCACCUUUAAAUUCUUACAUUACAGAGUUAAUUGCUUGUAACUGUUUAGUGAUAUUACAGGAUCAAUAUUAUCUGUACAACUUGUAGAAACUGCAUACUGUUACUGAAAAAUGUGUACUUCAGCUGUUGCACUUUAGUUAUUUCUGUAACUUUGACAUCUUACCUCCCCCACCCUAUGUAACUUGUUUGCUUCUUCUAAAUGUAACACAUGCUCUAUUUGUGUGAUUCUGCAAACUGUGCUAAAUGUUUGUCUCUCUGUCCUUUUAUGCUCUUGAAGGGGGAGCUAUAGGGAGCAUGCAAAAGUAUAAGAGCUCAUUCUGUAUGUUAAUAAACAGACUAGCUUUGCAUCA